UUAUCCUCUCCUCGUAAUUGCUAUAUCAUUUCCCACUACGUUGCUUCUAUAUAAAUGCUAGCCGCACACCCUCUUUCCCUACACCCUUAAAUUGAGAGCAAUAGCACAGCAAUAGCUCCAUAAUCUUUCUAUCCUCCCUCUCUCCCUUUCACUGCUUUCUUUCACUGCUUUCUUUACCCCUCUCACACACACAUACCACAGAGAGACACAAUGAGCACCGAAAAUCCUACCCAUAAUGAGGUGAACUUUGCUACCCCAAGAAGUUUCGGAGCAACCCUGAAAUCCCAUCUCAAAGAAACUUUCUUUCCUGAUGAUCCAUUCAGGCAGUUCAGGAAUGAGAAAUCUUGUGGCAGAGUCGUCAAAAAAGCAGUGCAAUACUUUAUUCCAAUCUUUGAAUGGUUACCCAAUUACAAUCUACGCUUGUUUCGAUUCGAUUUACUGGCUGGUAUAACCAUUGCCUCCCUUGCUAUUCCUCAGGGGAUCAGCUAUGCAAAACUUGCCAAUCUUCCCCCCGUCAUUGGCCUGUACUCAAGCUUUGUACCUCCUCUCAUUUAUGCCGUUUUCGGAAACUCGAAGCACCUAGCAGUAGGGACAGUUGCAGCUUGUUCAUUGCUCAUAGCCAAUACCAUUGGAGAAAAAGUGUCUUUCAAAGAUGAUCCAACAUUGUACCUCCACUUGGUUUUCACCGCAACUUUCUUCACCGGAAUUUUUCAGACUAUUCUGGGACUUCUAAGAUUGGGGAUUCUGGUGGAUUUCUUGUCACAUCCAACUAUCACCGGUUUCAUGGGAGGAACUGCAACUCUUAUCUGCCUGCAACAGCUCAAAGGCAUAUUUGGAUUGAAACAUUUUACCACGAAAACCGACGUUGUUUCUGUCCUGCGUGCAAUUUUUGAAAAUAGAGAUGAGUGGAGGUGGCAGAGUGUAGUUGUGGGCAUCAUCUUCCUUAUUUUUCUUCAGUUCACUUGGUUCCUGAAAAGGAAAAGGCCAAAUCUGUUUUGGGUGUCAGCCAUAGCUCCAAUGGUGGUGGUUGUAGUUGGUUGUCUUUUCGCCUAUUUUGCUCACGCUGACAAACAUGGAAUCCAAAUAGUGGGUCACCUCAACAAAGGUCUAAAUCCUCUAUCCAUUGAACAUUUGAACUUUAAUUCUCAGUAUCUACCUGUGACUUUGAAGGCUGGCCUCAUCACAGCCAUUAUUGCUUUAGCUGAAGGGGUAGCCAUAGGAAGAAGCUUUGCCAUAAUGAAAAAUGAACAAGUUGAUGGAAACAAGGAGAUGAUAGCUUUCGGCCUUAUGAACAUUGUGGGCUCCUUCACUUCUUGCUAUUUGACCACUGGGCCAUUCUCGAAAACUGCAGUGAAUUUCAAUGCAGGGUGUAGGACCGCAAUGUCUAACAUAGUAAUGGCAAUUUGUAUGAUGCUUACGCUAUUAUUCUUGGCUCCUUUCUUCAGUUAUACUCCUCUGGUUGCUCUUUCUGCCAUUAUCAUGUCUGCAAUGCUUGGACUUAUUGAUUGCAAGGAAAUUUAUCACCUCUUCAAGGUUGACAAGUUUGAUUUUCUCAUUUGUAUGGCUGGCUUCAUAGGAGUUGCCUUCAUAAGUAUGGACAACGGGCUCAUGAUGUCGAUUGGUCUUGCUUUGGUGAGGACAAUACUAUAUGCUGCUAGGCCUACCACCUGUAAGCUUGGAAAAAUGCAAGAUUCAUAUUUGUAUCGUGACACAGAGCAAUAUCCAGGAUCAACAGGGGUCCCUGGAGUCCUUGCCUUACAACUUGGUUCCCCUAUCUAUUUUGCCAAUUCCAAUUAUAUAAGAGAAAGGAUUCUCCGGUGGAUUCAAGAAGAAGAUGACGUUGUAAAUGAUGAGGAAUCUGUUGUUGAGCAUGUCUUGCUAGAUUUAUCAGGUGUUACAUCCAUCGAUACAACAGGCAUUGAAACAUUAAUUGAAAUACGCAAAAUAUUAGAAGCAAAAAGUAUAAAGCUUUCGAUUAUAAAUCCUAGGCUGGAUGUUAUGGAGAAAAUGAUAAGGUCACACUUCGUAGACAAGGUUGGAAAGGAAUCCAUAUUUUUGUGCAUUGAAGAUGCAGUUGAAGCAAGCUUAUUUACACCUUCGACGCAGAAAAAACAACACCAAGUGUUCGUCUAGAUCGAGCUGUGUUGAUGACCACAUUGACUACUGUAUAAUAUCAAUGUUAUGUAGCCUUAAAUUUGUACGGGUAAGGAGAUAAUCAAAUUGCACAAUCAGAAGUUGCAUUUCGUAAGGUCAUAUAACUAUGUAAACAAUAGUAGGGUAGAGCUGUUCAUGGAGCCAUUGGGUUGAUUGAUUCUAGAAUUUUGAUCAGCUCCAUCUUUGUAUCUUUUUUUUAUUAUUAUUUAAAAUGAGUGAAUGAAUAGCUUUGUGUUUCUUAA